ACAAAGAGAAAUGAAUUUUAGAGAUUUUAUUCUUGAUACACAGAGGAGAUAACGAAGGAAAAUUAUAACUAAGACGAAAUAUAAAUGCAUCGACGACUCGCUUCACCCUGGCCGGGACUCUCGAUUACUGUCCGUGGAGUGGAAGGACUUCACCUGGAACAAAACAAAUUGGAUAAAUAGGCAUGACGUAAACUUGAAAGUGUAGGGAACUAAUUGAGUAGCUGUCGUCCAACAUGCUUCGUUCUGCUUUUCGUGGAAAACAACCUGCUGAUUCUUCUGCUAAAGACGAAAAACAUGGGAAAAGUGCGCACGGAAAAUCACACUUUUUCUUUCACCGCGAUGGGGAAGGCCACGCUGGGGAUGCUAACAAGAAUGAUCAUGAAAAUUCAAACGCAUUGAGCGAAGAAAGCGUUGGUUACAGUACAGUCGACGGGGAAUUAACCGUAGAUUUUAAUCACGAAUUUCUGGAAUCCGCCCAAAGUAGCAGCUCUGAUAAAGAAAGUGUCAAUGGAGAAGAAAGCAUGUCAAAGUCUUUGUCGCCGGAGAAUGGCGCGAAGCCAGAUCAUGAUCAAAAGAUUAAAGCGAAGAGAGGCAGUUUUUCGAGCUCUGAAAGACAGAUUUAUGAAAUGCAGCUUGCUCAGCUUCAAGAACAACUUGUUAACAUAAUGAUAGACAACCAAGAAAUGAGUGUGAAGCUGGAAAAGCUGAAGGCCGUUGAUGUCGAUAAACUUCAAAAAGAACUCCAUGAGGAAAAGGCAAGAAAUCAUGAACUAAAAGAAAAGCUAAAACAUAAGCAGAAGUCGUCAAGCUCAAAGCUUCAAAGAAAAAAUGCAAGUAGAAUGGACCCUAGACAUGGUAUGGUAGCAGACAGUUCAGAUAGAGGGAGGGAUGACUGGGUAGAUCUUGGAAGAGAUCAGGAAGAGUUACAUUCAUCACCAGCUUCAUCACAUGACACAAAUGGUAAUUACAAUGGACCGGGAGCUUACACUCCAGAACACGAGGAAAGCUCUACUGACGUCCUGGAUGGGUCUCAUUCUGGACAAACAGAAGAACAGGCACCUUCUAGAUCUGGUGGUGAAGAAGAAAGUAACAGAGUACAGAGAGUCAAAACAAAGCUGGAAAUGUGGAAAGUGCAAGCAGUAGAUAUGCUUGUGGACAGACUGUGGGACUUUGUUAAUGAUGAGCCUGAAGCUACUGAGGAGGAGGAUGGAGAAGGAGAACCUUUGGCUGUGAAAACGUUGAAGGAAAACAUCAACCGAUUCAGUGCAGGCAUUAAGCCAAUAACUGGUUUUAUCAAGUCUGUUCGAAGGGUUUUCACCUGGUACAAUCCAACAGCAUCUUUCUUGAUAUUUUUGGUGUACAUGUACUGUGCUUGGCAUGGCUAUCUAUUAUUUUUGAUUCUUAUCGUCAUGAUUUGGAAGCUGUUUAUGAAUUAUCUUCAUGCAAAAGGCAUAGCAAAGCAGCUGGGAUUUAUAGACAAAACAAAAGAAGAGACAAAUACUACCGAGGAUCAUAGUUGGUCAGAUAAGUUCCAGUUGGUUUUACAAGUGGCAAGGAAAGUACAGAAUACACUUGGAAAAAUGGCAGACUCCCUGGAAAAAGUAAAGAGCUUGUUAACUUGGCAGCAUCCUGAAGCUACAAGGAAACUCUUCUCAGCUCUUUGCUUUGCUCUGUUAGCAUCUUUAGGGUUCAGAGGACCAACACUAUUCAUGCUGAUAGGCCUGUUUCUGGGAAUUAAGUUGUUUAUUGUCAAUCCAAUCUAUCAUCGCUUUCCAAAGGUCAAGAUGAGAUACGACGGUACCGCGAAAUUAUGGAAAGAACUCCCCACAGAUGCAGAACUGUCAGCCAGACAAACGGCAGCGGAGACCAAUCAAGAGAUGCUUGUACGCGCCUCCUCAGCGAGUUCUUUAUCUUCACCAAGUUCCAGUUCAUCAGAGCAGCACGGAAACAGUACCUCAAACCACGUGGCCGAUAAAUUCAAAUUACCAUCAAGUGAAACCAUUUUACCAGGAUGGGAAGACGGCAAAAGAUGUGCUUUAAUGGAUAAAGAGAAACCGCUCUCCAACGUCAAACACGGACGACUGUUUUUGACCCAGAGCUAUUUGUGCUUUGAGAAGACAAGAUCUUCAAGCGGAAAGAGUAUCGUUGUAAAACUUGAUACGAUUAUCAGCAUCAGUAAGGCGAAGCCUAUUGGAAUAAUACCAGGAACAGGGAUGGCAUUAGAAAUUCACGUCAGAGGAGUCGAAAAGCCGUAUAUUUUUGGAGGAAUCAUUGGCAGGGAUGAUGUAUUUGAGAGCAUCAAAGUGACAGGAAGAGCAGCAAAUAUACCAUGGGCUUUAAUGUGAAAUGAUGCUCAAAUGAAGUAACUAUAAAUUAACUUUUAAUAUGUCACAUACCUACGCCUUCAUAUACCUCCUAGCCUGCGUAGCUUGGCGGUUUAAGCAGUUUGAGCGCGAAGAAAGCGGUGAAGCCGCGAAAACGAGCGGCGAAGCCGCCAGGAGCCUGGGAGAGAAACAACCGCCAAGCUACACAGGCUAUAUACCUCCCGUCCUUGUUGCAACCAAAAAACGGUAAAAACUCAAUGUAAAAAGGAAAAUAUUUAGCUAGCUAGUGGUGAGUUAUAUAUUGAGAUUUUAAUAAUGAUCUGAGGUGCAUAUAACUUGUAAGGUAUUUAAAUAAUUGAUUAGAAACCCCUCUAGAUUAAUUUAGGUACUGAACUACUUGUCUCGCGGUUGAAAGAAAAACUGGAUGUUGUAUAAUCAGGGCUUCUUUCACAAACGGUGACGGAGAAUUAAAA